CGCAAAACGAACAAGGCAACAAGCAGAAACAGCUGACAGCAGCAUAUAUUUCCCAUUCCCCUGGCAAAUUCGAACGCCAUCCAAAAAAACUCCAUAACAGAGGCAUUUAAAGGGGACCAGGAGCACAGGCACAUGGCGAGGCGCACCUGAGGAGAUGUAUAAAUCCCUACUCCGCACCGUUUCACUCCAAGCCAGGAAGCAGAUCAGUAGAAGCAGCCACACAAGAAAAGCAAACGGCAAGCGCAAACAAAAACCAAAGGAGAUGAAUAUCGAAAUUAGCUACGACUUCAACAGGCGGUGGAAACCCGUGGAAGAUCAGCCUCAGGUGCGGGACCCCCACAAGUCGUCCACCUUCAAGCUGGUCUCGUACAACAUCCUGGCCCAAGACCUUCUGCUAGAGCAUCUCUUCCUCUACGUGGGAAUUCCUCAAGAGUUUCUCACCUGGCGUCGCCGCCAGCAGAACCUUCAGAGGGAGCUGAUCAAACUAAAUCCAGACAUCCUGUGCCUGCAGGAGAUGCAGUUCGAUCACCUGGGGCUGCUAGUCCAAGGACUGCGCAUGGGCAACGGCAAAAGGUUGGCCUAUGUCUACAAAAAGAAGACUGGACAUCGCACAGACGGAUGCGCCAUUGUCUAUGACUCAUCGAAGUUCCAGUUGCUCGACCAGCGAGCCGUGGAGCUACAUGACCAAGAGGUGGCUCUGCUCAAUCGCGAGAAUGUAGCCUUGUUUGCAAAGUUUCGAUUCAAAAAAGAGCCAGACCAGCAGAAGGAGUUCGUGGUGGCCACCACGCAUUUGCUGUACAACCCAAAACGAAAUGAUGUGCGCUGCGCUCAGGUGGGAAGAAUGCUGGAGGAGCUUCACUCCUUCUCCACAGACACACCUGUCGUCCUAACUGGUGACUUCAACAGUCUGGAGACCUCAUCACCUAUUGAACUACUCAUCGGAAAGGGGGACGAUGGGGAAUCAGAAGCUAACCCAGCGCCUCUGCGCUUUGAGCUGAUCGAUCCAGGCGAGGGCACCGCCUCCACAUACCAAAACGAAUGGAUUACCGUGGACUACAUCCUGCGCUCGCUAGGAUCACGGAGCAGGCACAAGCUUCUGCCCAUUAGCGUCUACUCACUGCCCUCGAUCAACAGCUGCUGCAGGGUGGGACAAAUUCCCAACCAUUUUCUGGGUUCCGAUCACUACGCCAUGGGCGCCAUUUUCACAGUUGUCUAGCAUUUAAAUUUUUCACUCCCUGACUCAUCAUAAGGAUACGAAAUAUAGUAUGGAACAAAUAGAUAGUUAGCGAAAUUGACUAUUUUCCAAGUUUAA